CUACUCCUGCGGCCCUGACAUGCCAGCGUGGCUCCCCCACUUAAUUACAUCCAGUGUGAAAACUGAGCAGAGCUUCCACAGUUCUUCUCCCCACUGACCACAGUAGACCCGACCUCCUACCCCGUCUUCGGCGACUCCGGCGGCAUCCUGCAGCGAGGAACAGCGCGCGCCCCCUCCAGCCCGGCGACCGACGGCGAGCCGAGGCGGCGGCUGCCAGGUGCCAGCGAGGUUUGAAUUGAUCAUUAUGGUGAAGAAAACUGCAAAGAAAGGCUAUGGUGGUGUGGCUGCAUGCACCUCAAGUUCUGAACUUGCAGAAAAUAUGCCAAGGCAGAAUUUCCGUUUAGGAGAUAUAACAUGGGUUAAGCAUGAUGGCUUCUCAUGGUGGCCAGCACAGGUCAUUGAUGAAGCAUAUGUCAGUAGCAAGCCCAAGAAGAAGACCAGCUUUGAUGCCCUGGUUCGACUGUAUGGCACAUGCCAAUACUUGUAUGUUGACCCUUGGAAGUCUAACAUGGAAUUCGAAAUGAUCCUGAAGGAAGAAAAUAAGACGGCCAUGGAAGCAUUCCAUGAGGUGCUUCAGAAGGAACUAUCUCAUUUUAAGCCGCCCAGUGAUCAUGACGAGGAAACUGUCACCACAAAAGCCAAGACGUCUGCUAAGAAAGUCAGAAAGCGGGAAGGCUUAAAGCAUCAAUAUAGUGCAGAGCAGGACCAAGAAGUUUGGGGCAAUGCAAAAGCUGGAGUUGCUGUUCAGGAAGGAAGAAAGCAGAAAGGUGCGAGACAAGCAAGUCGUCUUGAUAAAGGCCAUGCCAUAGACAAAGCUCUGAGUGAAGAUUCUGCUGAAGAUUUAAGAGAUAAGGCACACAAGCAAGCUUCUAUUGCGCGAGAUAGAAAGGGCCGAACAUCGGUGGUCAGAGAGGAAGGAUCCAGGCGAUCAGGCCGUACCAGUGUGAUGGAAUAUCUGGAAGCAUCUGAGGACAGCACAUCAGAACUCCAUGAUACAAGUGCCAGUGAAAAUGCAACCGAAGCAGGAGACAUAACAUCAGCGAACCGAAGUUGGCGCAAAAAUGGUUCAUCAACGGUGGAUGGAACUCACAGUGAGAUUAAAGCUAUGGUUAGGGAUAUACUGCUGGGGGACAUCAUAGCCAGGCAGCAUGCUGCUGAAAUGGCAUAUGUGGAUGAAGUGAUCUUUGGAAUCUGCGCUGCUACCGAGAAAAUCGCGGUUCAUGGUGCUACCACCGCUGAUACCGAGGGUGGAGGGAGCAUCAAGCGAGCUGCCGGCGGACUGGAGGCUGAUUCAAGCAAUGCUACAAAGAAACCUAGGAAGGGGGAAGUGAUAGAUCUGGAGAAUGGGGACUGUCAAAACACGAAGCGUAACAAUUCCUCAAAGAGAAAUGAUUCCAACUCUCCUCGUAGCACGGGUGCAGCAAUGGAGGGGUCGGAGCAACGUAACACACGCGCCAAAUCAAGAUUAUGCAGAGCCUAGGUCUGGUUGCUCCACUCACCGAGAAGGGAUUUGUUGCCGCCACCACCUAUUAAUAAUUCCAAGUUCCCAUGCUACUGGUUCUGCAUGAUAACCUGUAGUUAUGGUGCCGAAUUUAAUCAAUUUUCUGGCAAUAAGUUAGAUCUCAUGGAAAAAAUCGUUUGUCGUCCAUGCGCUUCAUUUCUCUUCAGAUUUCUUCAAUGAACCUGGAAAGGAUUCAAAGAGUCAUGAAUUCCUGCUGAAAUUGUUGUAAAGAAUUCAGAGUCAUAUCUGUCUGGUCAUGUAUGUACUUCAAUAAUUCAAUAAAGUCAUAACAUCUGGAAAGCA